AUGGAUUUGGCUUCUUCUUUUAUUUGUUUCCUUCUAUCUCUACUUGUGAUCUUAGUUCAGGCAAAGGGCAGAAAUGCUUCAACUUGUCCAAAGUCCUUUUCAUGUGGAAAUUUUACAGACCUGAGCUUUCCUUUCUCUCUUUCCACACAACCCGAUUGUGGAAUGAUGUCCAUGUCUGGUUGUGAUGCUAAACCAUAUCCAAGAAUCCAACUAGUUCCUGGAGGAGAAUGGUACUAUGUUUUAGAGAUGCAUAAUUCAUCAGUUUGGAUUGGGGACACGAAGCUUCAAACAACAUUGACGCAACACAAGUGCCAGGCUUUCAACAAAAAUUUCUCCCUUCGAAACUCUCCUUUUAUGUCUUUCCAUAUGAAUAAUCUUAUAAACAUCUUCAAAUGCAUCAGUAGCAGUAAUAAUGUCCAUAACAUUACGCAGAAGAAGAACGAUCAUUUUGUGGGUUAUAAUAUGUACAGUGGCUGUGAAGGCUUUAGCAUAUACUACAAGCUUUCCGAUGAAUACAUAGGAGCAGACAAUAUUCCUACCAACUGUUUACUUGUCAGAUUGCCAAUUCAGUCAACUCAUGGUGAUUUGUUCAACAUGUUAGGUCCCGAAAUUUUUGUAGAAUGGAAACUGUCUGAUGAAUGUAAUGAAUGUCAUUAUGGUGGAGGUCAAUGCCAGAGUGAUAAAACCAACAAAUUUUCUUGUCACAAAGAUGCAAAAACACCUACAGAUAGUACCGAUCAAAGAAAAGAAACAACUGGAAGAAAUAUGGUGGGGCUGAUUGUGGGAACAGUCUUUGGCGGAGUAGGAUCGGUGAUGAUAACUUCUUUAGUUGUAUACAUUAUCUGGCGUUACACAAAGAGGAAAUUUAGUUCAUCCCGCUUCUUCUCGACAAGGAAAUUGUCCAAUAUCCUUAAUCAUGAUGUUGAGGGAGGCAGUAUAUACUUUGGUGUUUCAGUCUUCUCUUAUUCAGAACUUGAAGAAGCCACAGAUGAUUUCAAUUCCUCUAGAGUACUUGGAGAAGGAGGUUAUGGAACUGUUUACUAUGGAAAACUUAAAGAUGGACGGGAGAUUGCUGUAAAGCGCCUCUACGAGCACAACUGCAAGCGAAUGGAGCAGUUUGUAAAUGAAAUUGAUAUCCUUACUAGACUAAGGCACAANAAUUACUAG